UCUAUAAUAUAUAUACUGUCCUUAUUGUCUUUCUCUUCUUCUUCAUUAUCAACCAUGGAAGAAGUUUGGAAAGACAUUAACUUAUCUUCAUUGAAUGACCAAAACACAAGACCUAUGUUGAAUACUCGUUCUACUUUUGGUGGUGGUGUUAUUCUUCAAGAUUUUCUUACUAGACCCCUUAACAUUGACCCACCAAAAAGCUUAGAUUAUUCUUCUAAUAAUUCAUCUUCUUCUGUUGCUUCAGAUCAAAAUAAUACUAAUAAUGGUUCUUUUUAUUGUUCUGCCACACCACCACCACUUGUCACUGCUCUUAGUUUGAAUUCUCAUCCUGAUUUUCACUUUGACCCUCUUAUCAGACAAAACAAGAACAAUAAUUCUCAGUUACUACUUCAACAGCAACAGAAUGUUGCUGCUUGUUUUGUGAAUCCUUCAUCUUAUGAACAGAAUGUGGGUGUUGGUUCUAAUUCUUUCACUUGUUUUGGGAAGAGGUUUGGUGAACCUGAGAUUAGUCCUGGUGAAAGAAGAAAUAACAGGAUGAUCAAGAAUAGGGAAUCUGCUGCACGUUCACGAGCUAGAAAACAGGCUUACACAACUGAACUAGAACAGAAAGUUCAACUAUUACAGGAAGAAAAUGCAAGACUUAAAAGACAGCAAAAAGAGUUAUUUGAAGCAGAAAUUGGUGUUCAACAAAAGAAGAAUAGCAUAUCUCGAACAUCAUCAUUUUAAGAACAAGCAGUAGUAGUAGUAGUAGAAGUAAUAUCUAACUAAUUAUGGUCUAAACAAAAUGUUACCC